UGUUAGUCGUAGCUUUAGCUGUUGGCAUUUACGUCAUAUAUAGUAGCAUCAUAAAUAUAUCUUAUUUACUGUUUUCAUUCCAAAUUUAUUGUUAAAAGAAUGAUAUGAUGUAAAAAAGAUCAAAACCAAUCAUGAAUCUUCCUUUUUUUGAAAAUGUUUACAUAAAAGCUGUUCUUAUUUUUAUAAUCUCCGGAUCUUUACCUGCUCUUAUUCAUGCUUCAAAUUUUUCCAAUUAUGAAACAAUCUUAUGCAAGGUAAAAAGCUCUGUAAAUCUUGAAACAUGCAUCAACAUAAAAAACGCGAAUGGCACAGCCAAUAUGAAGGAAAGAAACGGAAGCAUAUUUGUAUAUGAAGGCACACAGUGUGCGUCACGUAUCGGCUCUCACAGCUACACAUUAUUUCAGUGUGUCAAAGGACGGUGGGUUAUGGAUCAAUACAUAACAGCUAAGACUGUGCACAGAUCAAAACGAUUCGUAGAAGAAUGUUAUGAGUUCCCCUGUGACCGACCUAAACGUCGAAACAGAGUUCCGUCGAUUACUUGCCCAUAUGUAUCAACUAAAUACGCAGGCGGGGGUGAUUCGUCGGUGAGAGUAUGGUGGAACGAACCUCGGGUUGCUGAGAUUGAUAUGGGCAGUGUCGAUAUUCAAUUAAUUGAGGGCGGACAACCAGGUACUUGGUUCGACGAAGGUAGCCACACAAUUGUCUACAUGGCAAAGGACAGCAGUGGGGAAUAUGCGACAUGCAGCUUUACUUUCAACGUUAUAGCAAAUACGUGCCAAGCACCACCUAGCGUCGACCAUGGCCAGUUUACCUGCGGCUCUGAUGGCUACAACUAUUUAUCUACCUGCUACCUGUCGUGUAGUGCUGGGUAUGUCAUUGAAAGAGACAAUUCUAUCAGGUGCCAGACAAGUAAGCAAUGGACAUCUGCAGGAAGUUGCAUAGUUGACGUGGAGCCACCCAGACUGGACUGUGGACCAAACAUCACAGCAUUUGCUGGGCCAAAGCUGGGUAAGACAAGCGUGACAUGGACACCUGUAAAUGCUACAGACAACUCCCGGGCGGAUGUUCGUGUUGAGAGUGAUCUACCUUCAGGGUAUCUCUUCGAGGUGGGCCAAACAGAUGUACAUUUUACGGCAAGAGAUGCAAGUGGAAAUAUAGGAAGAUGUACGAAAUUUAUCACCGUCACAGUCAAAAGAUGCCCGAACUACCAGCCCAUCGAAAACGCUAACGUCAGCUGUUCUCACGCCAAUGCCUACGGGUCAGAGUGUGUAUCUGUGUGUAACCAAGGUUACCAGAUGGUCGGUGCUGAUUCUCAGACGUGCCAAGAAAACCAGACGUGGAGUGGAUCGAAACCAGCUUGCAAUUCGAGAGAAUGCGGCAACCCACCAUUCGUUGCACACGGAAACUAUUCUUGUCCGUCUGGACUAAGAUACAAAAACCUCUGCUCAUUGAACUGCAGUGCAGGAUAUCUACCGGUCACUCCAACUACUAUCGUCUGCAAAAGUGACCAACAGUGGUCACAAGCUGGUUCAUGCGUAGAUAUUGAGGCACCUCAGUUUACAAAAGGCUGUACACGAGACUUUGAAGUUAUCGCCGCGGCUGUUCGUCAACGCAACUAUGUGAGAUUCACAUUGCCAGAAGCUGUGGAUAACUCUGGCGAAGGGGUUGUCAUCACAUCCAACCCUAUCUCCGGGUCUGAUUUCCCACUUGGAGCAAGUCGGGUUGUAGUUUCGGCAACAGACUCUACUGGAAACCAAGACAACUGCUCCUUCUCUAUAACAGUUAAAUCUAUUUCGUGUGAUGCCCCGAAUGUGAACACAUCGGCAAAAAAUGUGAUCGUAUACGACUGCCCUGAUCAAUUUGUCUACGGAGCCUCGUGUUUGAUGCACUGCUCUAAUGGUGACCAAAUUAUAGGGUCAAAUAGAAUGACGUGUGAUAAAACAAGAAACUCCACACAACUAGACUGGAAAAUAGAUGGCAAUUCUUUUCCAUUUUGCAAUCCACACUCUUGCAGCAAAUUAAAUUCUCCCGACAACGGUGCUUUGGCUUGUAACACAUCGGACGGUGCAAGUGAAGUGUGCAUCGUAAUGUGCAAUGACCAAUACACGUAUCCCUACCAAACACCUUUUAAGUUCAGCUGCAGUAAACGAACCGGGACAUGGCUGCCAAAUAACACAGUGCAAAGUUGCGGCAAAAAACGGAAACCAAUAGCUGUAACAACAGAACUGCAAUUUUACUACUACACUGGAAGCUGCAGUAAUGACAGUGCAACCAUUAAAGACAAGUUUCUUCAGACUUUAGGAGUUUCUAUUUUGAGGGAUGCUUGUUCCGAAGAUUCACCUUGCUCUGUUGACACUGUGGAGUUGUCUUGUGGUGCAGUUGUUCGUAGAAAGAGAAGGGACACGAGUAACGUUACUUUUGAAUUUAAGAUUUCUGUAGUCAUCAAUAUUGGUGAGUACAAGGACUUGGGCGAUGAUGAAAAAACUUCCAAAUACUAUGACGAUAUUGUGAUGGGCAUCAAUGCCAAGAUUCAAACCAAAGCCGAUGCAGGUCUCCUGAAUAUACAAAGUAUCGGCACUUUAAACAAGAUUGAAUAUGGUCAAGUUGGACUUAAGUGUGAACCAGGGACUAAAAUGGCGCAGAGAUUAAUGGCAUGCGCGGGAUGUGGAGCGGGCUACAUGUUCAUUAACGAAACUGAAUCUUGCCAGGCGUGUCCUGUAGGGACAUAUCAGGAGCAGGACGUUGCUUUUUCAUGCACGUCUUGUCCUGAUGGUCAAACGACAAAGGACCAAGGCUCUACAGCUCUCACCAAGUGUUUGGAUACAGAACCCAAUAUAGUCUUAAUAUCUGCUGCAAUAUCAGCAGGUGCCUGUUGUGUCCUUAUCACCUUAUUUCUGACAUUCUUUAUAUAUAAAAGAAUGCGGAAAAGGAGUAUAAAAACCUGAAUGAAAAUGAUAUCAAUUUGUACACUUACUUAUUUAUGUAAGAAAUAAGUAAUUACAUUUAUUUAAAUAUUAAGUACAUAUAGCUAAUUUACUUCUUUAUCAUCUAU